UGCCGGGCGAGGCCGGGCCGCUUUGGAACCCCCCCAGGGCAGAGCGCGGCUGCUUUUGGGUGUCGACACCGGCUGGGCCGGGCUGGGAGCGGAGGAGGAGCGGGAGGAAGAGCAGGGACAGAGGAGGAGGAAGAGGAAAAGCAGGAGCAGCUGGAAGAGGAGGAGCGGGAAAACGUGAGCCAGAGGAGGAGGAAGAGGAGGAGCGGGAGGAAGAGGAGGAGCAGCAGCAGCAGCAGCACGCGGUUCUCCCGCCCGCCCUCUGAGGCCGCAGCUCCCCCGGCUCCGGCAGCAUCGCGAUCCCCGGAGCGCGCAGGUCGCCGGGGAGGGGGAGCUCGACCAAAAUCCAUCGAGGGGAUCUCCGGGAGGGGUUUUUUUGUUGUUGCUUUUUUGUGAGGCAGGGGAUGUUUUCAUCAUGCAGGACCACAGAGUUGAGCCAGAGAUGAGGCUAGAGGGAUCUCAAGGCGUCUAAGGUGGUCAUUCUCGUGGUACUGGCGGGCAGAGCCUGAAGAUGAGCGGGGUCCGGAACCCCCGAGGCUGAAAGGGGCACUGACUUCUGCAGCUGCACUUGGGCAGCAGCACCAUCAAACCCAACGCCCUCAGCUCUUCUUUUUCUCAAACCAGGAUUUCCCUUUCCCAAACCUUGAACCGCUGGAGGAGGAGGUCACAAGGAAGAGCAAGUAUCCCCAGGGGCCGCAGGCAGGUGAGGAGGAAGUCAGUGCCCUUUUUCCCUCUCUGCUGCUCCAUCUCCAAGCCCAGCCUGGCCUCCGGCUGCAGGACAACCACGAUGCCAACGCCAUCCUGCCACGGAUGCCCUGGGGGAUCUCCUUGCCCUUCCCUGUGGCCCGGAGACAAAUCCCAUCCUCUCUCGUCCUUCCUUUCCCAGACACGGAACUGAGCACGGAGCCCAGGGAGGACAAAUCCCCACAGCAGACCCUCAUGGAAGAGGCUGUGUUGAGCGGCUCCAGGGUGCAGGAAUCCAACAGGGAGGAAAAGCACCGGAGAUGCCGCAUGAGGACUGGCUGCAAAUGCAGAUCUCGGGGAUCCGAGGAGGAAAGAUCCACCCUGGCCCGGGAACUCAGCAAGAGAUGCGGCCAGAGCUCAGAGCUGGGGGUCCAUGAGCAGCAUCAUGAUGGGGAGAAGCCCCACAAGUGCUCAAAAUGUGAGAAGAGGCAGAGACAUAAGUUUAUCUGCUACGGGAGAAUCCACACACGGGAUUGGCCCUACAAGUGUGGGGAGUGUGGGAAGUGCUUGAGCCAGAAAUCUGUCUUGACUGUCCAGAAGAGGAGCCACAAAGGGGAGAGGCCCUACAGGUGUGAUCAGUGUGGGAAGAGGUUUCAGACCAGCUACAAUCUCCUUAGACACCAGCAAAGUCACACGGAUGAGAGGCCCUUCCGCUGCCCUGACUGUGGGAUGGGCUUCAAGCAAAACUCCACCCUUGUCAGGCACCGGCGCAUCCACACUGGGGAGAGGCCCUACGAGUGUCCCCAUUGUGAGAAAAUCUUCUCCAGGAGCUCUCACUUGACCCGACAUCAAUGGAGCCAGCACUAAAGGACGUCCUGCAAUUGCCAUGAGUGCUGGAAGAGCUUUGUGCACUGCUCCAGCUCCAUCCCCCAUGGGAGGAUACACACUGGAUGAGGCCCAGGGACCCCUGGUAGGCAGAGCCCCAGUGAUCCAUGGUGCCGGUGAUCCGUGUUGGGAAGACACUUUGCUGGGAGCUCCACAUCCUCCUAGCUCCCCAUGGGUUUCGUUUUCUUUUCAUUUCUCUUUAUCCCAUCAAAACACCCAAAAUCGGGGUAAAAAGAAAAUGUUCCUCAAAGACGUGGAUGGGGACAUGGGGAGAUCUUCCAGGGGAUGUGGGGAAUACUGGGUGCCAGGGAGUUGUGGGUUCCUGGCAGAAACUUUGGGGUUUCCAGGGCUUUGGGCUCCCCAGGCUAAGUGGCCCUGGCUGCAUUGGGAGACCCUGGGGGAGGUUCUGGGCCAGCUGAUCAAGGACCCCCUGCCUUGGAACUGUGCCCAUGUCCUCUUGUCCCUUUUUCUGGUGUCGCAUGUCCAGGAUCCCCCUGUCCCUGCUGUCGCUCCCCUUGCCCCCUGCCCAUUCCUGUGUCACCUCACUUCUGGUCCCAUCCAGCUCCCAUACCAGUCCAGAUCCCAUUCCCACUCUCAUUCCCUGUCCUGUGUUCUCUGACUGGUUGCCAUUCACAUAUUCCUACUCCCAUAUUCCCUGCCCUUUUCCCAUUCUCAUCUUUCCGGUCCUGCUGCAGGUCCUGGAUUUCCAUUGCUUUAUUCCCUGUCCUGUUCCCAUAUUCCCAGUCCCAGUCCCAUUCCUGCAUUGCCAUUUCUGACAGCGGACCCUCUUCCUAAUCCCCAGCCCAUAUUCUCUCUCCACUUGCUGCUUCCAUAUUAUUUCCUGUCCUGUUUCCACAUUCCCAUGCCUGGUGCCAUUCCUGGUCGCUCUCCAUACACUGUCCCAUUCCUGGUCUCAGUCCUGAAUUUCCUGUCCCAUUCUGGUAUUCCAGCUCCCAUUCUUGUUCUCUCUCCCUGUUCCCUGUAUCAUUUCCAGUCCCUGUCACCUAUUUCCAGUCCCAUUCUCAGGCCCUGUCCUCAUUCCCAGGUCCUGUCCCCAACCCUGGUUGUGUCCCAUAUUCCCUGUCCCAUUCUUAGGCCCUGUCACCAUUCCCAGUAUCCUUCCCAGUCCCUGCCUCCUAUUUCCAUUCCCAUUCCCAGUCCCUAUCCAUUCUCCAAAUCCCUGUGCACAUUCACAGUCCUUUCCUGUAUAACAUGUGGCAUUCCCGGUCUUGUCCCAGCCCUUCCCGAUCCCUCCUCACCCCCGGCUGAGUGGGGGGCUCAGCCCAGGAUCCGUCGUCGUUCAGGGCUCCCCUGAAUGCAGCAAAGGGGAGCGUUCCUGCCUCGGAGAGGCCCCAGCAGAGGAUGGGAUCCUGUCCCUCUUUGAGGGUGCUUAAGGGUAUUCUGGCCCCUUUAAAGACAAGUUGUUCUCUUUUUAAGGUUUUUUGGGGGCAUCCCAUCACUACAAGUGUUUUAUUCCAAGGGUUUUAGGAUGUUUGUGUGGCUGCAGCUCCAGAGGCCCCUCCUAAGAAGGGAUCAUGAUGGCUUAAAGGGACGUUUUUCGGGGGGCCCCCACUACAAGCCCCUGCAGGGGAUGUUUUGCUCCCCAGGGUGGGGUUUUGGGGUUCUCUCUACCAUCACCGCUUGAAGAGGUCCAUAAAAUUGGACUGCACCAGAACUCCCCUUGAAAGGAGAACACCACUCCCCUUGAUUCUGGCAAUGGAGCCCCGGGGAGGGUUGGGGGUCCCGGGGAGAUUUGGGGGUAUCUAGGGGAUGGCAAUGGGGGCCCUGUGCUGGGUAUAAACCUUAGUGAGCAGCUCCUGCGGGGAGUUCAAGGGUCAGGGGGCUGUUUGGGGUAACGGUGGUUUUUGGGGGGUUUCAGGGGUGGCAAAGGAGGGUGUUUGGCAAUCCCGGGGGUGGAAUUUGGCCUUCCAAGGCUGUUUUGGGGUAUCUGCUGGUGACAGAGAUUGGACCCCAUGUCAGGUAUAAACCUUCUCAAGGUGAUACUGGGGGAGUGUUGGAAGGUCCUGCAGGAAUUUUGAUGUCCUGAGAGAGUUUUGGGGACUCCGUACGGGGUUUUGCAGUUUUGUAGACUUUUUGGAGCUUUCCAAGGAUGUUUUCAGGAUCCUGGGGGAGGUUGGGGUAUCCUAGGGUAGUUGAGGGCUCCCGGGAGGGUUUGGGGGUACCUGGGUGAUGCCUGGGUGACAGAGCUGGGAGUCUGUGCUGGGUUUGAACCUUCUCACUGCACACGGGCAGCGUCAGCGUGUUCAGGGAGAUCCUGGGUUGCCAGGGGGUCCUCCACAAAUCUAAAGGGACCCCCCAUUAGAUAUUUGGGAUCUCCCAAAUCCUAAGGGACCCCCUUGAACUCCCCUCACCACUGGAUCUGCUGCAAGCCUCUCACCUAAAACUCUGAGAGCUGUGAUGAGUGGCAGCCUAGGAGUCUUUCUCACUGUCUGCCACACUGGGCAGAACACCCCAGGCACAGCAAUACAUUAGGGAACUUCCAUGGUUUUCUUCCCCUUCUGUUUCCAUCUGUCCUGGUUUAGGACAAAUUAGGGGAAAAUCUCCAAAAGGAGCCCCUUAAAAAAAACAAACCCCCACAAAUCCUCCCCCCACCACCGGGUACGGAAAGAAUUUCCUUGGAAGAAAAGUGGAAUAAACUUGUUUAUUAAGAGACAACUAAAAAAACACUCCCCAACACAAGAAAAAACAGCCCCAGAUGAUAACAAACGUUUUCACCAGUCCAAGAGAGGCUGAACAACUUGGGCAGUCUCUCCUGGGGAGGGUGCCAAGCUUCUCUCACAGAUGCACACUCCGGGCAGGGGUUCCUUGACGUUCCCAGAUCAAGGUCCAGAGUCGGUUCCGAUGGUCUUCAGAGAAGGGGAAGAAGGAAGGAGGGGGAUGAGAAAAAAAAAAAAAAAACAAA